GUUGUUCCCUAAGCCGGUGCUUAUGCUUUUAGGUUGAGAGAAGAAAGAAAAGAUAAAAGAGAAGAAAAGUGGGGCCAGAGUGAAUUGGGUAGAAGUAUUAAUUUGGGGUGGCAUUUGUUCUCUUGAAUCUGUCCGUAUUCCCUUGGGAAAUAGCAGCAUCUAGAGAGAGAGAGAGACAGAGAGAGAGAGAAUGUUCCAUCCUAAGAAAGCUUCGACUAUGAAUUCUCACGAGAGAGGGAUGUGCGUACAAGGCGACUCCGGCCUCGUCCUCACCACCGACCCCAAGCCCCGCCUCCGCUGGACUGUCGAGCUUCAUGAGCGCUUUGUCGAUGCUGUCACUCAGCUCGGAGGCCCUGAUAAGGCCACCCCAAAGACCAUCAUGAGAGUUAUGGGUGUAAAGGGUCUCACUCUUUACCACCUCAAGAGCCAUCUCCAGAAAUUUAGACUGGGAAAGCAGCCUCACAAGGAAUUCAAUGAUCAUUCAAUUAAGGAUGGUAUGAGAGGUUUAGAACUUCAUCGAAACACGGCUUCUUCAUCAAAUAUGAUCAACCGCACCAUGAAUGAUGGUAACUCACACAUGGUUGAUGCGAUUAGGAUGCAAAUGGAAGUGCAGAGAAGAUUGCAUGAGCAACUAGAGGUGCAAAGACACCUGCAGCUGCGAAUCGAGGCACAAGGGAAGUAUAUGCAGAGUAUAUUAGAAAAGGCUUGUCAAACCCUAGCGGGUGAAAACAUGGCAGCUGCCGGCGGCUACAAGGCCAUGGGGGGCGGCAUCCCAACUAAUAAUAAUAAUAAUCAGCAAAGCAUUGGUGACAUGGCCGGAGCCGGAGCCGGAGCCGGAGGGAUUAAAGAUUUUGGCUCCCCUCUCGGCUUCCCUUCUUUUCAAGACCUGAACCUCUAUGGAGGCGACCAGCUUGAUCUUCAGCAAAACGUGGAUGGGUUCAUGGCUCACAACGAUAGCUUACUGUGCUUGGGGAAGAAGAAGCCGAGGCCGCAGCCACCUACGUCAAACUAUGGUGGCAGCGCGGGAAAAGGUGGGUUGGACUGGGCAGACGAUCUCCGGCUGCAAGAUAUAGGAAUGGCGCCGCCGUCCUGCGUGGGGCAGCAAGAAGAUGAUUUCAAAGGAAUUGGUGGGACGCUGGUGGAAAGAGAUCAUUUGGAGGAAAUGUAUGAGGCAAAGCCAGCAGUGUCGGAUGAAGGCAAUGGGGAUCACAAGAACUAUGACAUCAAUAAUAAUAACAAUAAUAACAAUCAUAAUAAUGCGUCUAUAAAGCUUCAGAGGCCGUCCCCCCGAAGGUCACCCCUUUCCGUGGAUAGGGCCAACCACCCUCUUACCACUGCUCUUCAGUCCACACAUUCACCUUUUGGUUAAUUUCCAUUUAUCUCUUUCAGUUUUUAAUUUACAGUCGUCAAUUAGGUGAGUGACUCCGAUUUUUUUUUUUUUCUUUUUUUCUUUUUGAAAGAUACUCUUUAAUUUUAAUUAAUUUGGAGUAAUUUCAACAUCAAGGGGUUGACUUUGCAUUUUGAUGGACUCUACCCAGCGACCUACCAGACGAGGUACCGACACACAGUGUUUAAAGCCUUCCAUGCCAUAUGCAUAUGUAUAUGUGCAUGCAAAACCCUUUUGACCAACAAUAUCCCCUAGUAAUUAAUUAUUUGUUUUUUCUUUUUGGUUGAAUCAAUCCCUCGUUACUGACAUUGUACGAAGGAUAGAUAGCCUUCAAGUGUCACCAAUAUCUUACCUUUAUAAAUUUGAUAUCAAUCAAAUUGUCGAUGAGUUGUUAAUCUAAUAUGUUAAGUUUGUGAUAA